GGCGGAACGCGUCAGCCGCAAAACCACUACUUACGUAUUAUAUUAUACAUACGAAGCAUACGUUAUGUAUCUAUCCGACACCACAGUGGCGAUUGCCCGAUCGACGUGUCCUUUUAUAUUAUUUCAUAUAUAGACGCGAGUCCCGGCACGCGCGUAGUUAUUCGUUCGCCGGGUCCGCACCGCUGCAGUUCGCCGAACGCCGCCGCUUGUCGACGACUGUACAACUCGCCGACGAAGACGACGACGAUCCGACGACGCGCAUUGCGGGUGGACGAGCGAAAAUGACCUUCCGUUGGUCGCGGGUAAGUUUCGGCAACCGCCAGCGACAUAACAGGGACCACCAGCUGCAGCACCGUCUGCACCGUCGUCAGCAAAGGACUCUGCAGAUAUUAAUACCGUUGUAAUAUUGAUAUCGAUUGAUCGUACAUCGUCCUCUCCUUUCGGGUUAUUCGAAUCCGCUCCGAGUCGUAUACGAUUUACCCGACUCGACAUCGAUCCCUUCCGCCGAGUUACGAUCGGCAGAAACGCGAUAGUUCGGUUUGUACUCCGUCAGUAAAUAUAUUUAUAAAUCCGUUACCGGUUCGAUAUCAUCGUUGUCCGCGAUGCACUAUUACAUGCUGGCCGCGCUUCUCAACGCGGCCCUAGCGGCCGGACAACGGAACGCGAUGUUCGCCGGCCACCGACUGCAGCAGUGGCGACAGACCGGCGACCGGCCGAACUACCUGCAAAUGCUGACCGGCGGCGGCGUGUUGCCCCGCAGGGUGUGGACGCGACAGGAUGACGGCCAGCAGACCACGACCGGACGCAGGCGACGGCGCUUCCCGACGUCCAAGGCGAUGCCGGUGAUGGGCCACUGGAGGGCCCUGCACGAAAAGCUGGAAGUGCAGUCCAUGUGGCCCGGCACGGAAAAAUACGCGAACGAGCUCUACUUGCCGGCUACGACGGAUGACUAUAUCAGACAAGAAGGAUAUCCAGCGGAGAGGCACACUGUAAUUACGGCGGACGGUUACAAUCUGACGCUGCAUAGGAUACCAUACAGCAGAAACGAAGACCAAACGACCCUUACGAGAAAACCAGCAGUAUUGGUCCAACACGGAAUACUGUGCAGUUCGACGGACUGGGUGAUAGCAGGACCAAAUAGUAGUCUAGCGUUUAUACUGUCGGACGCAGGGUACGACGUGUGGCUUGCGAAUUCCAGGGGAAACACAUACUCCAGAAACCACGUGACCCUAGACCCGGCAAGAGAACCGGAAAAAUUUUGGGAUUUCAGCUGGCAUGAGAUGGGCACCAUCGACCUGCCCAACACGAUCGAUUACAUUCUGGACAAGACAGGCGAACCGGACUUGAACUACGUGGGACACUCCAUGGGCACAGCCAUAUUUUACGUCCUGUGUUCGGAGAGACCGGAGUACCAAGACAAGGUCCGCUCGAUGGCAGCCAUGGCACCGAUCGCCUACCUAAACCACGUUAAAAGCCCGAUUAUGACAUUCUUGUCGUCCGUGGCAGACCCGUUGGCGUGGUUGUGCAACAGUCUGGGGUACUACGAGUUCAGGCCGAACGGCAAAAUUCUACUGUUCGCGGGCAAAGCGUUCUGUGAAGCCAACUCAUUGGCCGAAGGUGUUUGCGAUAACUUGUUGUUUCUGUACGCUGGAUACGACUCUAAACGUCUGAUCAAAAGCAUUCUACCCAUAAUUUUGGCACACACUCCGGCCGGUGCAUCUGCACGUCAACUCACUCAUUUCGCUCAGCUCAUGAAACGCGAUCAAUGGUUCGGGCAGUACAACUACAACAAACAAAAAAACAUGGAGAAGUACGGACAACCAGAACCGCCGGCUUACGACCUGACUGGCAUCACGGUGCCCGUAGCUCUGUAUCACGCGCAAAACGAUUGGCUGUCAUCGGUGGAGGACGUCAAGGUUCUUGCGGGCAGACUUCCGAAUGUGGCCGAGAGAAAGGUCGUACCUUUCCCCGAAUUCAAUCACCUGGACUUCUUGUGGGCGAAUGAUGUGAAAAACAUUGUUUACGACGACAUGAUCGGGUUCAUGAAAAGGCACGACCGGAAGUAUGCUGAUAUAGCGCUACGGCCGUCAGCGGAAGUGGACGCGAACGUCGUGCACUCGGAUUUCAUAGUAUCCGACGUGGCGUAAGGGUGUAAAUGAGUGUUGCAGACCACCGGCGACCCGUAAGACAGUUUACGGGCGCGAUGCAAAAAAUCGAGUAUUUAAAUAAAAAGAAAAUCACACGUAAUACACUGUGUGAAUGGCCUCUGACAGGCGUGUUAAAAACGCGUUUGUUAGGGCCAAAAAUAUCGAAUAAAAUAGUUGGCUAUAGCCGCACAAAAAAUAAAUCAAAAAAAAAAAGUGUUUUCUUCAAAUGUAUACUUAUACCAGUUUUGCUGGGAAAAUGCAUAAAUAAUAAACAUUAUACAAUACGUAUACCAAAA